AUGAAUGACUUGGGGCUCUUGCGAUAUGUUCGUGGCCAAGAGGUUGCUUAUUCUCCUCGAGGCUAUCUGUUAUCUCAACACAAAUAUGUCACAGAAAUUGUCUCCCAAGCUUGCCUCAUGGAUGAUUCUAAGAGAGUUGAUACUCCCAUUGAAUUGAAUAUCAAACUUCGUGCAACAUAUGGGGAACUACUCCAUGAUCCAACAUUUUAUCGACAAUUGAAAUGUAAGAAGCAAAAACGUAUUGCCCUAUCUACAACAGAAGCAGAAUAUAGAGCAAUGACGCAAACUACAACUGGAAUCAUUUGGCUUCGAUGGUUGCUUGCUGGUUCCAUAAAAAAGGUCGGAACUCGAAAAUGGAACUUUAUAUCAAAGCUCCUCCGGAUAAAAUUGUGCCCUAAAUACAAAACUUUCGUUCUCCUCUCUUCGCACUCAGUUGCUCAGCCGGACCCCUCUAUUCGCAUUCAGCCUCUCUCUAGCAACCACAACCAUUUGUGCUACCAGGAGCCAAGAGUCCAAGAAGACGGAGGAGGAAGCAAAGAGCAGAGAUGGCAAGAGGUUGAUGUAGUUGUUGCCUAUGCAAUAUUGCACAACUAUAUCAUGAUGACACAAGGAGUUGAUAGCAAUAGAGAGUUGCAUUUUCGAAAGAGGGUUGAAAGACGAGUAGUAGUUGAAGGAGACAAUUUCUUGCUAUUGACUCAGGGGCAAGCUCAUGAUGAUGGUGUCAGUCUACCAAAUGCCAUGACGACACAGCUGUGGGGGCCUACCCAAAUCGCUAGAAGUUUUUUGGCACAUUUCUUAUGUUGAAAUUGGUUUACUUGCAUUAAGUAGUUGAGCUAUUCAAGUUUUGUAAAAAGCUCUAUGACAUUUGGUGAGCAUUAGAUGUGCUACCUUAUUGUCGUUUUGAGAGAAAGUUUGGAUUAUCUGAGAACCAUAUUGUUGUUUUGAUGAGAGUUUGGAUUAUCUAAGAAGGUCUAUUUGGUGUGUUAUGUGUGAGAAUUGUAUGACAUUUCAUUUUCAGUGUAUGUAUUGUUUUAGUGGCUGUGUGCAUGA